AUGGGCAUCAUCACAACAACUGCAUCAAUAGAACAACAGAUGAUCACUGGACUUCGAUCUAUGGAUAUUCUAAAGAUUUUUCGUGAUCAUGAACUAUUAAAUCAAAAUGAUUUAAAUGAAGAAAUAAAAUCAUUGAUUCGUGAAUGUACACUUGUGACAUCAAAAUUAACUGGUCUAGGAAAAUCGACUUUUAUUCGUCAGACUGUCACAAAAUCAUUACCAAGAGAAACUCCUAUCUAUAUUGAAAUCGAUGCAUCACCUGAUUCUUCACUAUCUGAAAUUUUAUUAUUUCGUCAUAUUAAAACAGUUUCUGUAUUCUAUCGUUUAUUUACAGGUUUUUCACGACGUGAUUAUUUUCUUUGUAAAUAUGUUCCAAAUAAAACAAUUCGAAUGGAUCUUGCUCAGACUCUUCUGCAAUCAUCAAAUCAAUUUACGUCACUUUCGGUAGAAGCUAUUCGUCGACAACAAUGA